CAGUUUUUGGUGGUGCUUUUCUUCUGCCCGCUAUAAAACCACGGCACUUGUCAGCAGGCAACAACAGUUACAAUUUGGCAGCCCACGCGACUAGAACAAAAAGUCUAGAAAGUGAAAAUUCUACGUAGAUAUCUUAAAAGAUAAAAUUUAACGCAAAAAUUUGACAGUACAACUUCAAAGUACAAAUCUGCUUGCAUUAAUUUAACGCAAAAAAUGUCGAUAGUUAAGAAUUUAUUCGCCAAAAUGCUGCAACGCUUUGGCAGGGGCAAUAGCAGCAGCAACAACGACAGCCAGCUGUACGACAGUUUGGAGGAGAUUGCCCAGAAUCAGGCCAAUGAGCUUAUGUUGCUGGAGACGCUCAGUCACUACGAGCAGGAGCAUUUGGUGAUUUGCCUGGAGACGGAAGCGGGCAGCUUCUAUUGGUGGUCACAGUAGCAGCAAAAGAUGGAGACAAUACGGCAGCAAGGAGCAAAAGAAGUAGAUAAAGAUGAAACUACAUCAGGAGGUAAGGAAGUCGCUUAAUCAGCAGACAAAUCUCAGAGAGAAGUUCUGCAACAGCUGCAGGUGGAACAGAAGAAGCUACAGAAGCAGCAUAAACAACAACAAACAGCAGCAUCUGCUUGAGCAACAUUAGCACGUACAACAGCAACAUAAGAAGCGGCACCAAUUAGAGCAUCAACAGAAGCUUCAAAAGAAGGAUCAGCCUCUGCCAAAACAUCUCAAAGAACUUAAAACUCAUCAGUAGAAGCUUUAACAUUGUCAGCAAUAUCUGCAACAGUUGCCUCAACAACAUUAGCAUCUCCACAUCCACAAUAGUUUUAUCGCCAACAGCAACCAUAAACAAAUGUAACAAAAUGGCCAUCAGCAGCAGCAGAAGCUUCUGAUAAACAGCAGCAACAUCUGGUAAGGCUAAAAGCCGUAACACAUCGUACAUUUGAGGAAGCAUAUAGAUUCUAGAGACACAACAAAAGCAGCAGCAAAAUCAACAACCAUAACAGCAGCAGCAACAACAUCUUAAGCAACAACAGACACUCCGACAGCAACAUUAUCAGUACCAGCAUCAACCAUUCGACGUGUGCGCAAAUAAAACCGGUACUUAGAAGCUAAAAUGAAUGAAUGAAUGAGUAAUACAAACACCGAUAACAACCAAAAGCGCAUUCCGUUCCAUGAAUGAAUGAAUGAAUGAAGCUGUCGCAACAUGCAUAUGUAUC